UCCUGGGGAUCGGGAGCGUCCCCUGCUGCCGAGGAGCUCCGGGCCACCGGGGACCAGGGAGCACCUGUCCCGUCCAUUCGACUCGAGGUUGCUCCCGGGCGAGGACUGCUCUGAGGGCACGGGGCCCCCAGCCAGGGAGGCUAGUCGAGGUAAGAAGAGGAGGCAUCAGCUCCAGCCCUGGCAGGGGAAAUCUUCGUCCUGGUCCUAACCCCACGAGGCCGGUCGGUUGGGCAGGGGCCUAGGUGGUUGCCAUGUCUCCCCCGAGCCCGCCAGGCAGAGGUGGUGGCCUUCGUCCUGCCAGCCGCCUUCCUUGGCUAUGAGCAUGGGCAGUGGGGGGUCGUCAGGCAGGGAGGAGCGACUGCCGUCGGUUUUGGAGGAGCAGCUGAGCGGUGGCGACCGGAUGCUGGAGCUGACUGGACGUCACUUGAAACACCUGCCAGGACCAGUGUGUGCCCUCAGCAGCCUCCAGAAGCUCUACAUCAGUGGCACAGGGAUAAAGGAGUUGCCUGAAGAGAUAGAGGGGCUCCAGGAGCUGCGCAUCCUGGCCCUGGACUUCAACAAACUCGAGGAGAUACCUGAGGCACUGUGCCGCCUGCCCCAUCUGACCCGCCUCUACUUGGGCAGCAAUCGCCUCUUUGGCCUCCCAGCAGAGUUCUCGCAGCUCCAGACUCUUCGCUGCUUGUGGAUCGAGAGCAACUACCUGUACCACUUCCCCCGGGCUCUGCUCCAGAUGCCUUGGCUGCAGUCUCUGCAGAUGGGGGACAACCGACUCAAAACCCUGCCCAACAGCCUACCACGCAUGAGGGGACUGCGGGGGCUCUGGCUCUAUGGGAACCGCUUUGAUGAAUUUCCUGAGCCUUUGCUUCGCAUGACCCAACUGCACAUCCUUGACCUUGACCGCAACAAGCUUACUGAAUUCCCAGACUUGACUCACCUGCGGAGGCUUCGAGUCUUCUCCUAUGACCACAACCCAGUGCAAGCCCCGCCCAGCGUGGCUGACACAGUCAUGGUGGUGGGGGAAGGGGCCCAGGAGUUUCUGGAGGCCAGGGAGGAACGUCUCCAGAAACUUCGCGACCAGGAAGCGGAAGAGCAGGAGGAGAAUGAGUCUGAAGCUCUGCAGGCCAAUAUGAAAAAUGACUCUUCUGUCCUGGAUGAUGGUGAGGGCAGGUACUCUGCCCUGGAAUGCUCGCCAGAAGAGACAUGAAAUGGAGAUGAUGGUGGUGAUGAUGAUGAUGAUAUGGUUGCUGCUCAAAAGAUUGGGGGAUCUUAGUUGGCUGAAUCGGUUUCUGCCCCACUGGCAGUUGGGAGCUAGGCACAUGCUGUCAUUGAUCUAAAGAACCAUGGGCAACUAUUCACCAUGGCAGUUACCAGCCUUUUGUAAAGGACACAGGACAGCUACUCAUUAGAAGGUUUGCUGUCGUUUUUCUGGAAUUGUGGGCAGUCCCAGCUAACAGAAUUGCUGUGUAUCAGUAAGAACCCUGGGUAAUCUUUAUGUUUUGCACACCUUCUACCUAAUCCCAGGGGAUGGGGGUGGGGUCGGCUAAAUAAUGAAUAAUUCCAUUGUGCCCACACACUGAAAUGAUUGUCCUUUGUCCUCAAGGCAUGGAUAAUAGUCGCAUCAUGGUGAAAGCCAAGUAUCACAUAGACCUUAAUGUGAUGCGGUGACAGUGUUGUACCUGUGGGUGAUCUCCAUCCUGAUUGUCUGGCAUGCUACAAUCAAAUGCAAGAAAAAGGCAGGAUAAAGCCAUCUUGUUUAUUUAUUUUCUCCCUUGAACUCUGAGCCCUGGAGAGCUGCAGAGUUGUGAGUGUGAAUGUAAAACCUUAAAAAAAAAAAACAACCCAGGAAUUUUUAUCCUACCACUGGAAUUAGACACGGGGAGAAGCCUUCCUUGGGCUGUUCCCUCCAGCUGUCAGGUUUGAAAAGAAGCUCCUGUGAAAACCUUGUUUGUGUAGAUCUAUCCGUCCCGGAAAGAGCUUUGCUGCCGCUCUUUGUAUGGUGGGAAAGGAGCUUUGUGCAUUACCCUGCUGCUUUCCUGGACUUUUUAUUCCCUUAAAAGGACACAGAAGGAAAAGCUGGUAUGACCUGGGCCACUGCAGGCAUGUGUGGAUCUAGGUUAGAGGGGUGGCAGCUACAGGAACUGUUCCUGUCUGCAGGGGUGGCAGGUUCAUUCUUGUGGGGACUCUUGGGCUAGAUUUGUACUAAAUCUAAGCAAUAAAAGCACAUCAAGGGAAUGUAAAGAGUUGCGUGAGGGACACACAUUCUCAGGGAGAUUGCUCACAAAGCAGGAGACCAAAGCUAUUGGGCAGACUGGAGGCUAUUUUUAAAGAGUGCUGUAAACUAAAUUAUAACACCUGGAGAAAGGAAA